AUGGCUAUGGUUGGUAAUGUUAGUGACUCUUCCAAAGGAUCUCAAAUUAGUCUUGGUCUUGCCAAAUUUGUCGUUGAUGAACACAACAAGAUAGAGAAUGCGGUUCUGGAAUUUGUAAGGAUAGGGAAAGCUAAAGAACAGGUGGUUUCCGGCGCUGUGCAUCACUUGACUCUAGAAGUAAUCGAGGCUGGGAAGAAGAAAUUUAAAGAAGCCAAGGUUUGGGUGAAGCCAUGGAUGGAUUUCAAGGAGUUGCAGGAAUUUAAGCACUGUGAUUAUAAAUCUUCUUCUGCAUGCAACUCUACUCCUUCUGAUCUUGGGUUUAAACGAGAGGAGGGCCAUGCACCAGGAUUGAAAGCUGUACCAGCAGAUGAUCCUGCAGUUAAAGAUGCAGCGGAUCAUGCCGUGGAGAGUAUCAACCAGAGAUCGAAUUCGUUAACUCCACAUGAACUGCUUGAGAUUCUUGUUGCUAAGGCUGAGGUAAUUGAAGACGCGGUCAAGUUCCAUAUACUUUUAACGGUGAAGUGGGGAAGCCAGGAAGAGAAGUACAAGGUUGAAGUACACAAAGAUGUCGAGGGUAGACUCCUAGUGAAGGUCCUGACUUUUCAUUAA